AUGUCCACUGCUAAAAAUAAGAAACACAGCUUUGUGAAAGAUUUUACUAUUGGAGGAGUUUCUGCUGCUAUUUCUAAGACUUUCAUUGCUCCUGUGGAAAGAGUCAAAUUGAUCCUCCAGAACCAGGAUGCUUCGACUCAAAUUAACUCUCAAAAUAAAUACAAAGGAAUGAACGACUGCUUCAUUCGAAUCUACAGAGAACAAGGAAUUGUAUCAUUUUGGAGAGGGAAUGUAGCUAACUGAAUCAGAUAUUUUCCAACUCAAGCUCUUAACUUUGCUUUUAAGUCGGUUUUCUCAAACACAUUUGGAAAGUUCGACAAAGAUACAGAGGCACUAAAGUUCUUCUUUAGUAAUAUGGCUAGUGGUGGUGCUGCAGGAGCAGCCUCUCUUUCACUUGUAUAUCCAAUGGACUUUGCAAGAACUAGAAUGGGAGUUGAUGUUGGUAGAACGAAUUCAGAGAGGCAAUUCACAGGUCUUACUGAUUGCCUUACUAAGAUUAUUAAACACGAUGGAGUCUUUGGACUUUAUAGAGGGUUUGGAAUUUCAGUGACUGGCAUUAUCAUUUACAGAGCAGCAUAUUUUGGGCUCUACGAUACAGGAAAAGUUUAUGUCUUCCCUGAAGGAAGCUCAAAAAAUUUCUUUGCAAUGUGGAUGUUUGCACAAGUAACCACAACAAUUGCUGGAAUUGUCUCGUAUCCUUUAGAUACUGUGAGAAGAAGAUUGAUGAUGCAGUCUGGAAGAGAUGAUGUGCUCUACAAAAAUACAAGAGAUUGAUUUAUAAAAAUUUACAGAAAUGAAGGAUCUGCUGCAUUUUUCAAAGGACAGUGGACCAACAUCGUCAGAGGGUUAGGCUGCUCUCUACUUCUCGUUAUAUACGAUAAAUUCCAAGAAGCCUUUGAUCUCAAGUAAUCAGUAACUGAAACGAUAAGUGUUCACAUUUUCAGCAGUGUCGAAAUCAAAAAUGUGUUCACAAUUAACCCUAACUCGAGUAACUUAUUCUCUUACCCGAUAAUUAGAGAAGAGGCUGGUUAAUAUAAUUGGAAGGCUUCUACAUUUUUAUAUUUA